AUGGCUCCCAAGAAGAAGGGAAACAAGCGCCAGGACGAGGACUGGGAGGCUGAGCUCGGCGAGGCGGCCCCUACCGUUGAUACCCCCACCAACGACCAGACUGAGGAUGGUGCUGAGGCUGGCGAAGAAGCUCCUGCCGCUGGUGGCCUGAUGGCUGCCUUGCGGAAGAAUAAGGAGAAGAAGAAGAAGAAGGGCAAGCCUGUCAACGACUUUGUUGAGGGCGAGGAUGCUGCCGAUACUGCCGCCGAACCUGCAGUCGAUCUUGCUAGCAAGCAGCCCGAGGAGGGCAAUUUCGAUGAGGAUGAUGUAUUUGCUGGCAAGCCUAAGAAGCCCAUCAAGGCCCCAGCUCCAGCUGCCGAGCCCGAAGAGGGAGAAUUCCGCGUCAAGUCCAAGAAAGAGAAGGAGAAGGAGAAGAAGGAGCGUGAGAAGCAAAGGAAGAAGGAGCAGGCUGCCUUGAAGAAGAAGUCUACCCCUGCCCAGGAAAAGGCCGAGGCCGCUAAGGCCGCCGCUGAAACCAAGAAAGAAGAGGCCGCUCCGGCUCCUGCUGUCGAGACUGGAGGCAAGAAGAAGAAGCUUCCGCCCCACCUUGCUGCUCUUCAGAAGCAGCAGGAGCUGCUUCGCCAGCAGCGUGAGGAGGAAGAGCGUAUCGCCGCGGAAGAGAAGAAGGCCGCGGAAGAGCAGGCGCGCUUAGAUGCUGAAGAAGAAGCUAAGCGCGAGGCCGCUCGUGCCUUGAAGAAGGAGCGUGAGCGUGAGAAGAAGGAGCAGCUGCGCAAGGAGGGCAAACUUCUUACCAAGGCUCAGAAGGAAGCCAAGGAGCGCAAUGAGAGGCGCAUGCAGCAGAUGCUUGCGGCCGGUGUUGGCAAGGUUGCUGGUCUUGAGGAAGGUGGUGCCGACAAGAAGCGCCCUGUCUACGAAAACCGCAAGAAAAAGGGUGGCAAGAAGCAAGAGGAGGUCGAUCUUGAAGCUGCUGCCGAACGUGCACGCCUCCAGCGUGAAGCUGAGGAUGCACGCCGGAAAAAGGAGGCUGAGGAGAAGGCCAAGGCUGAAGCCGCGGCCGCUGCUGCUAAGGCUCCUGCCGAAGACGAUGAUGCCGUUGAUGACUGGGAGAAGGCUGCCGAGGAUGAUGACGACGUGAAGGACAGCUGGGACGCUCCUACUGAUGACGAGGAGGAGAAGAAGCCCGCGGUUAACGGCGCUACCGAGGAGAAGAAGGAAGAGCAAGAAGAGGAUGGUGAGGAGGAAGAUUCUGACGAAGACUCCGAUGAAGAUUCCGAUGAUGACUCUUCCUCCGAGGAUGAGGAGCAGUCUGCUAACCAAAGAGCCAUUGCCCAGAGGAAGGCCGAGGCUGCUGAUCGGCGACAGAAGCUGCACGAGGAGGCUCUUGCGGCCCGCUCUAAGGACAACCUGCGCUCUCCUAUUUGCUGUAUUCUUGGUCACGUCGAUACUGGUAAGACCAAGCUGCUGGAUAAGAUUCGUCAAACCAAUGUGCAGGAGGGUGAAGCUGGUGGUAUUACCCAGCAAAUCGGUGCUACUUACUUCCCCGUCGAUGCCUUGAAGCAGAAGACUGCUGUUGUGAACAAGGAUGGCAAGUUCGAGUUCAAGGUCCCUGGUCUCUUGAUCAUCGAUACCCCUGGUCACGAGUCUUUCUCCAAUCUGCGUUCAAGAGGUUCUUCCCUUUGCAACAUUGCCAUUCUGGUUGUCGAUAUCAUGCACGGAUUGGAGCCCCAGACUUUGGAAUCCAUGCGCUUGCUGCGUGACCGCAAGACUCCUUUCAUUGUAGCCCUCAACAAGAUCGAUCGUCUGUACGGCUGGAAGAAGAUUGACAACAACGGUUUCGAGGACAGUUUGUCGAUGCAGAACAAGGGUGUCCAGAACGAGUUCCGCACCCGCUUGGAAGCCACCAAGCUCGCCUUCGCCGAGCAGGGUUUCAACUCCGAACUCUUCUUCGAGAACAAGUCCAUGGCCCGGAACGUGUCCCUUGUUCCCACCUCCGCCCACACUGGUGAGGGUAUUCCUGACAUGCUGAAGCUUCUCACAACUCUCUCCCAGGAGCGUAUGACCAACUCCCUGAUGUACUUGUCUGAGGUCGAGUGUACUGUUCUGGAAGUCAAGGUCAUUGAAGGUCUUGGUACCACAAUUGACGUUGUUUUGUCCAACGGUAUCCUGCGUGAGGGUGACCGAAUCGUUUUGUGCGGUCUGAAUGGUGCUAUCACAACCAAUAUUCGAGCACUGUUAACACCGGCACCACUCAAAGAACUCCGUCUGAAGUCUCAGUACGUUCACAACAAGGAGGUUAAGGCUGCUUUGGGUGUCAAGAUCGCUGCCAACGACCUGGAGAACGCUAUUGCUGGUUCCCGUCUAAUGGUUGUGGGCCCUGAUGAUGACGAGGAGGAUCUGGAGGACGAGAUCAUGUCUGAUCUUGAGAACCUCCUCAGCCGCGUCUCCACGGAUAACCGUGGUGUCACUGUCCAGGCUUCCACUCUUGGUUCUCUGGAGGCCCUUCUGGAGUUCUUGAAGGUCUCGAAGAUUCCCGUGGCCAACAUCUCUAUUGGUCCUGUCUUUAAGCGUGAUGUCAUGAUGGCUGGAACUAUGUUGGAGAAGGCCAAGGAGUACGCAGUCAUGCUGUGCUUCGACGUUCGGGUUGACAAGGACGCUGCUGCCUACGCUGCUGAGGUCGGCGUUAAGAUCUUUACUGCCGACAUUAUUUACCACCUGUUCGACGACUUCACCAAGCACAUGGCGGAGCUGACUGAACAGCGCAAGGAGGAGAGCAAGUUGCUUGCUGUCUUCCCCUGCGUGAUCAGCCCUGUUGCUGUCUUCAACAAGAAGGAUCCCAUUGUCAUUGGUAUCGAUGUUCUCGAGGGUAGCUUGCGAAUGCACACCCCGCUGGCCGCUGUGCGAACUAACGCCGACGGUAAAAAGGAAAUCAUUAACAUUGGCCGAGUGACAUCCAUUGAGCGCGACCACAAGGCUAUCCCUGUCUGUAAGAAGGGUCAGCCCUCGGUUGCCGUCAAGGUCGAGGGCCCCAACCAGCCCAUGUACGGCCGCCAGCUUGAGGAGAAGGACCAAUUGUACUCUGUCAUCUCCCGUGCCAGUAUCGACACUCUCAAGGAGUUCUACCGUGCCGAGGUCACUAUGGAGGAGUGGGGUCUGGUCAAGAAGCUCAAGCCCGUUUUCGACAUUCCAUGA